GCGCACCCACCUCGUGGUGAUUCUGACAUUGAACCAGCGAGUCACACUCACACAGCCACACCCAGCACGUGUUCGUUAUGCAAUCUUUAAUUUUUUAUUCUACACAUUAUUAUUGACUCACUCAACGAGUCACUGGUUUGGUCCCACUCAGCUUCUUCUUCUGAAACUUCUUUCUUUCUCUCUGUAGUUGACUGAGUCAAUAUCUCAGUGUCAAACUCAACCAAUGACGAGAAAGGUUUCAAAUUUCUCCGAUCUGAUCCAAAGGGUCACCGCUUCAUGUCUCCUCAACCCACUUGUUCCAGUGAGAAAGAUAGUUGAAGAUGAUUCACCCUACGAAUCAGAAGAAAACAGAGACGAAGAACAAGAACAUUAUCACAGUGAUGAUGUUGAUGAUGACGACGAAGAUGAGGAUGAAAAUGGUGACCCUUUGGAGGAAAAUGACGAAUUCAACGAAGACAAAAUGAUGGGUAUGAAGAUUUUGAAGGUUAAGCAAAUGGAAGCAUUAAUGGAAGAAAUCUUCGAAACGGUGUCUUCUAUGAAGAGAGCGUAUGUGAAGUUACAAGAAGCGCAUUCACCUUGGGAUGCAGAGAAGAUGAGGGUUGCUGACGUGGCGGUGGUGACGGAGCUGAGGAAGCUGGCUGUGUUGAGAGAGAGGUUUCGGAGGAAUGGUGGUGGCAGGAAAGGUGGUCGGAGAAGAGGUUUUGGUGUGGCGUCGGUGAGGGAGGUUGUGGCGCCGUAUGAAGCGGUGGUGGAGGAGUUGAAGAAUGAAGUGAAGGUUAAGGAUUUAGAAGUGAAGGAUUUGAAAGAGAAACUUGAAGGUGUUGUUGCUCUUUCUAGUGGUGAAAAGAAACCUGGGAGGUCUCAAUCUAAGAGGAAACUAGGAAUUCAAGCAAUUGCAUCAGUUCCUACACCAGAACUAUUUGAAACAACUAUGGUGCAUGUAAGAGAAGCAUCAAAGUCCUUCACAUCUAUGCUUUUAUCGCUAAUGCACAAUGCACAUUGGGACAUAACGGCUGCUGUUCGUUCAAUUGAAGCAGCUACAGCUUCUACUGACAAAUAUCAAAAUGUUUCAACUUCAUCCAUUGUCUCGUCUCACCAUGCUAAGUAUGCACUUGAUUCCUAUAUAUCUAGGAAGAUCUUUCAAGGGUUUGAUCAUGAGACAUUCUACAUGGAUGGCAGCCUAUCUUCUCUCCUCAAUCCUGAUCAGUUUCGCCGCGAUUGCUUCACUCAAUACAAGGACAUGAAAUCCAUGGAUCCUGCCGAGCUACUUGGGAUCUUACCGACAUGUCACUUUGGAAAAUUCUGUUUCAAGAAGUACCUUGCCAUUGUUCAUCCGAAGAUGGAGGAGUCGUUGUUUGGUAACCUAGAGCAGCACGGUCAAGUCCAAGCAGGAAACCACCCCAGGAGUGAGUUUUACAAUGAAUUUUUAGGGUUGGCCAAAACUGUGUGGUUGCUUCAUUUACUUGCAUUCUCGUUGAACCCUCCACCAAGUCAAUUUGAGGCAAGUCGUGGAGCUGAGUUCCAUCUACAGUAUAUGGAUAGUGUGGUGAAAUUUUCUGGUGGGCGGGUGCCGGCUGGUCAGGUUGUAGGGUUUCCAGUUAGUCCUGGGUUUAAGCUUGGGAAUGGAUCUGUUAUAAAAUCCAGGGUAUAUUUGAUAGCCAGAACUUAAUGUUUUAGGAGAUAUGAGAGUGAUCUAAAUCUGUCUAGCAGGCUUAACGGGCUACUGAUGUAAUAUGAAAAAUCCUUUGGCAAGAUUAUUGUUUUUCCAGUUUGAACAUGAACUCAUUACAUUAAUUUGAAUUUGACCUCAAUCAGUGAUAAUGGUAUAGUAAAUUCUCAAAAAAAAAAAGUAAGCAAAUGCUUUUUUCUA